AUGGAUCUAACAACCGGACACGGAGCUAGAUCCGAACCCGAACUUGACGAAACCGGAUUGGAGUCCCUCCAAUUCGGUGAAGAUAUCCGUCAUUUAAUCACCCCACCAUCAGAAAACGAGAGUUCUUUCACUGCUUUACUUGAAUUACCAGCUAAUCAAGCCGUGGAGUUACUUCAUUCGGAUUCGGGUCAAAAGCAGUACCCGAAUUUGACUUUUCCUUCCAACACUUCCCUCCUCGAACGAGCCGCCAGAUUGUCCUUUUUCAACGGCGGUAGUAAUUCAACGGACUCCAGCUCCGUUCCGUCAAAUUCUAGCUCGAAGAAUCCCGAGACAGCUGCAGCCGUUAAGUGUGAGCCGCUGGAGACGGAGUCUUUCCUCGAUUCAUCCCAGCCGUUGGUUUCUGAUCCAACCGUGGAUAAUUCGGCGCCAAAUGCAAGGUCGUCUUCGAAGAGAAAGGAACGAGAGAAGAAGGUUAAAGCAGCGUCAAAGAAGAACAAAAAAGAGAGUUCUCAACAAGAAGAAGAGAAGCUGCCUUACGUUCACGUUCGAGCUCGGCGGGGACAAGCAACUGACAGCCAUAGCUUAGCAGAAAGAGCGAGGAGGGAGAAAAUUAAUCAAAGAAUGAAGUUAUUACAAGAGCUGGUCCCAGGCUGCAAUAAGAUCUCUGGUACAGCAUUGGUACUAGAUGAAAUCAUCAACCAUGUUCAGUCCCUGCAACGCCAAGUGGAGUUCUUAUCAAUGAGACUUGCGGCGGUUAACCCAAGAAUUGGUUUCAAUCUUGACAGCAUAUUGGCUGCAGAAUUGUCCUGGAAUGGUUGGUCUACAGGCCCCUUAAUGAGCAAAGGUCUUUGCGAUUACCCUAAGAGUGGAUCACUAAUUGACAGUAACUUCUCCAGCAUGGUAAUGCCUCUGAUGUGGCCAGAAGCCCAAGUCAAUGGAAACAGACACCAGUUCCAACAGCAAUGGCAGGUUGAUGCGCUUCGCCAGCCACUUUGGGGAAGAGAAGAAGACAGCCAUAACUUCAUUACUCCAGAGAACUCUCUUCUGAGUUAUGACUCUUCAGCAAAUUCAGAUGCAAAAGCUAUUAGGUUACUCCAUUUUGUUUCAAACAUGGAUAGAUUGAAACUUGACUAG